AUGUCAUCACAAUUAAGUACUUCUCUCUUGAGACUCAAGCUAUUAGAUGCUCUCCGGAGUGGAGAUACCAGCAAGGUUGAAUCUAUAAUCCAGGAGUUGUCCUCUACCAAGGCAACGAUCCAGAAUACCACUAUCAUUCAAUUGAAAGAGACUAUUGUACAUUACGCUGUACAGGUUGCUCAAUUGCCCGUAAUCCAGUUUCUUGUGAACAAUGCUGACAAGUUUGGGAUUGAUAUUAAUGCUCAGGACAAAGAUGGAAACACGCCAUUGCAUUUAGCUGCAGCCACUUCCCGUCUUGAAGUUGUGAAAUAUCUCUUGUCCCUUCCUAACAUCAAUGACACAAUUGUCAACUUGGAGAAAAAACAACCAGUUGAGGUCUGUCACGACACAGAUGUAGCACAGUUGAUGCAAUUUGAAAGAGCUAAGUUUGUGGAAAAGCUGGCUACGCAACUCAGACAUUACUUCACUAAUAGGGAUUUCGAUAACUUGGAAAAAUUGUUAGUUUCAAAUCCAAGAGCCUCUGAAUUACUUGAUAUCAAUGGGGCCGAUCCAGAGACAGGAAACACAAUAUUACAUGAGUUCAUUAGAAAAAACGAUUUGGAGAUGUGCGAUUGGAUCUUGAAGCACGGCGGUGAUCCGUUCAAGAGAGAUAAAAGAGGUAAACUUCCAAUUGAUCUAGUUUCUUCCAAAAAUGAGCCAUUGAAGAGAUUGAUAAAGACAGCAUCGAAGGACCAAAAUAUCAUGGAUCCAGUGAUCAAUACAAACAAUGCUAUUAAAGUAGGUAACGCACCAACAUACAAAGGUUAUCUCAGAAAAUGGACAAAUUUUGCGUCUGGGUAUAAGUUAAGAUACUUUGUUCUAGACCAAAAUGGAAUUUUGUCAUACUAUACGAACCAAGAUGAUACAGACAAUGCUUGUAGAGGUUCAUUGAACUUAGGUUAUGCUUCUUUGCAUCUUGAUUCGUCUGAAAAACUAAAGUUCGAAAUAAUAGGUAGAAAUGGUAUCAGAUGGCAUUUAAAGGCGAACCAUCCCAUUGAGACAAAUAGGUGGGUUUGGACAUUGCAGAAUGCGGUUACUAUUGCAAAAGACAACAUAAAAAAGCAUUCUCCCAUUGCUACUGAAUCUUCUGAGAAGAAUUUCAGAGCAGAGGAAGUGGAACAAAAAAGGCGUCAUUUGCAUAUUCCGGGACGUAGAAAACAUAAGAGAACGCCCAGUCUGCUUUCUAUAAGUUCAGCUGAAAACGAAGAUUCUCUUUCACUUGGUAGUGGUGUUUCGAGAUCUAGCACACUUUCUAAAAAAGUACCUGGAAAUAUUCAAUCUCCUAAUUUGGGUGAAAUUGAGGAAGGUAAAUUUGCACCUAAUGACAGCAAAGUCUCGGAUCACAACAGUAUUGGGGAUUCAGAUAUAGAAAAUUUUGAUCAUGACAUGGAUGACAUUGAAGAUGGUGGUACAUCCGAUGAAGAUGGCGAUUCUACUAAUAACCGUGUGCUGUUAGCUGACCAAGUUUCUACGGCAAAGAAUUCGUUACAGGUAGAGAUCAAUAGCUUACUCGACUUAUUUAGCCAAGUUGCCAAAGCUAAGGCAGCAGGCGAUAGCAGCAAUACGAGUGUUGAACAUGAGACGUUUACGACUACCCAGCAAACGCUUAAAGGAAUUCAGGACUUAUUUGAAAAAUACACUGAUCUAGUUCAAACGCAAGACGAGAGAAAUUCUCGUAAACUAGAGAGACAGUUGGAGGUUAACACUCUAUGGGAGAAUUCUAUUCGCCAAUUAGAAAAUGAAAUUCGUAACAGAGAAGAAAAAUUGGCAGUCUUUGAGGGAAAACAAAAGCAGUUGAAAAGGUAUCUCGCAACUGCAAGUCCUGGCAAUCUCACACCUUCUGCCACUGGGUCUAAAGAAACAGGCGAUAGCAGAACGAAUAGUGUUUCGGGGACAUUACCCGAGAGGCCUGAUGUAUCUAAAGCCGGUAAAAGCUCCAUUAGCAAUGCAGAUCGUCGUAGUUCAUUCGUAGACCCAGUUCUCGAAGAACUUCUCAACGAUGGUUCUGAUGACGAAUUUUUUGAUGCUGAUGAAUUUGAUGAUGCUGGGAAUGGUGAUUCGCAAGAUAAGGGAAAUGAUGAAGAACUGGAAUACUUUGACGACAGCGCUGACGAAUCAAAUGAGGUGGGAGCUGAGAGCAAAAUUCCUUCCGAGACUCCUAUUACCGGUGCUGCACCUGAAGCAGUUCCUGAAACAGACGACGCAUCGGAAAGGACGAAGAUUAACGAAGAUGAAUCAGAUCUUAACGCUACAACCUCUCAAACUUUGGAAUCUAAAUCUCACCCACCUGCAGCUGUGAGCGACUCGCAAAAGUUAUCAGCCCAAUUGCUUCAAAAGGAGGGAUCUUUCCUUGGAUAUGAUAACCCACCAAGGAAGAAACUUGCUCUUGACGAAGAUAACAGACCAAAAAUAGGACUCUGGGGUAUACUUAAGUCGAUGAUAGGAAAAGAUAUGACUAGAAUGACGCUUCCUGUUUCGUUCAACGAGCCAACAAAUUUAUUGCAGAGAUUGACAGAAGAUAUUGAGUAUUCAGAUUUGCUAGAUAAAGCUGCGUCGUAUGAUGACUCUACAUUGAGAUUAGCUUAUGUUGCUAGUUUUGCAGCUUCAGAAUACUCAUCUACUAUAAACAGAAUUGCUAAGCCAUUUAAUCCUCUAUUAGGUGAAACGUUCGAAUAUUGCCGUCCCGAUAAGAGCUACAGAAUUCUCACAGAACAAGUGAGCCAUCACCCUCCUAUUAGUGCUUGCGAUGCUAGAUCGAUAAAGUGGGACUACUAUGGAGAAAAUGCAGUGGAAGAUAAAUUCAGGGGUAGAUCAUUUGAUUUUAAGCAUCUUGGUAGAAUGUUUUGUACUCUAAGACCGGAUAAUGGUGUCAUCGAUAUGAACGGUGAAGAAGUAGGUGAAGAGUUGUAUACAUGGAAAAAAGUCAACACCUCUGUAGUAGGUAUCAUGCUUGGUAACCCUACUGUCGACAAUUAUGGUAAAAUGGAAGUUAAAAAUACCACUACUGGAGAUCUGAUCAUAGUUGAUAUGAAACAGAGAGGUUGGAAAGCUUCAUCUGCGUACCACUUAUCUGGACAGGUAUUAGACAAAAAAGGGAUUCCUCAAUGGGCCAUUGGUGGAAAAUGGGACUCUAAAAUAUUCGCAAAGAAGAUCCAAGAGAGCUCUAUUAAUACUGAACCAGGUGACGAGAAGACAACCACGGAUCCCUUCUCCGGUGGUAAAUUCUUAAUUUGGCAAGUUACCCCCCGUCCAAAGAUUCCAUUCAACCUCACUGCCUUUGCAACCACGUUGAAUGGAAUUGACUCAUGCUUGAAACCAUGGCUUGCGCCGACUGAUACCAGAUUGCGUCCUGAUCAACGAGCUAUGGAAGAAGGUAGAUAUGAUGAGGCUGCAGAUGAAAAACAUAGAGUAGAAGAGAAACAAAGAGCUGCUAGAAGACAAAGAGAGACUAAUAAGCAGCAUUAUAAACCCAAUUGGUUUGUUCAAAAGAGACAUCCCGUAACUGGUGACAAGUUUUGGGAGUAUAAUAAUGAUUACUGGGUCAGAAGGAAAGAUAAAGCUUUAUCAGAUUGCGGUGACAUUUUUUAA